AUUAAAGAGAGGACCAAAAACAACACGGAAAUCUGAGAGGCAAAUUGAAAUUGUUCCUGUGUUCCAUCUGGGUCCCAAAACCUGGUUCGGCACCUGCAUCUCUCUUCCUCACAAUGUAUGGCGGCCCAUCCAAGCUCGCUCGGGCCGGCGGCGGCGCUGGCCGCGGAGCCAGCGGAAAGCGGCCGCCCUCCUCUUUUCCUCUACCACCUGCUCACCGCCCCUCCGGCCGUCUCUCUCUCGGCGGCGGUGGCGCCGGUUCUGGCGCAAAUCCUCGGAAUCGAACCUCCACCGCAGCCAAAUCCGAAGCCCCUCUAUCCGUCGAGGAGAAUUUCAGUCUCGUUACCGGUAACAAUCCUUUGGCUUUUGCUAUGAUAAUUCGGUUGGCUCCCGACUUGAUCGAAGAGAUCAAGCGGGUUGAGUCGCUGGGAGGAACUCCGAGAAUUAAGUUUGAUGCGAAUGCCAAGAAUUCUAGUGGUAAUGUCAUUGAUGUUGGGGGUAAAGAGUUUAGGUUCACAUGGUCACGUGAAGUUGGUGAUCUUUGUGACAUAUACGAAGAACGUAAAAGUGGCGAAGAUGGAAGUGGUUUGCUUGUUGAAUCAGGCAAUGCUUGGAGAAAAGUGAAUGUGCAGCGUAUCUUGGAUGAAUCAACUACAAACCAUGUUAAGAAGUUGUCUGAGGAAGCUGAACGAAGAUCUAAAUCUCGCAGAGCUAUUGUCUUAGAACCUGGGAAUCCAUCUAUGAAGAAUCAAAUAAAGCAAUUGGCUGCUGCCGAAUCUAAUCCAUGGAGGAUGCAUUAUAAGAAUAAGAAAGAGCCUCCAUUUAAAAAGCAGAAAAACGAAUUGUCUCAAGUUGGGCCUCCAAAAUCUACAUUUAAGCCUGGCAUGUCAUCAGUACCUGCUUCCAAGGAGAGGCUAUCAUCUUCACCUGUUCCAUCUCCACCCGAGCAAUCUGGUGCUCCAAUAUCUCAAUUCGGAUCUGCAAAUCCCACUAAGACUCAUUGUAUUGCAGAAGAUAUUAAACCUCGACAACCAGCUAAGAUUAAUGCUGCUGCUAGCAGUGAGAAGGAAAUUCCAACCAAAGCCGCAAAAGGAGUUCUGGAAGCACCAGGACAGGAAGUGAAUGCCGGAGCUAAACCAACAGAUUUGCAAGGAAUGUUGUAUAAUUUACUCUUGGAUAACCCCAAGGGGAUGAGUUUGAAGGCAUUGGAGAAAGCUGUUGGCGAUAAAAUCCCAAAUUCUGUAAAAAAGAUUGAGCCAAUCAUUAAAAAAAUUGCAACCUACCAAGCUCCAGGGAGAUAUUGUUUGAAGUCAGAAGUUGAGUUGGAAGGCUCUAAAAAGCCUUCAUCUGAAGGUGAAAGCUCUCCUUUAGUCAGCCAUCAACAAACCCCGGUACAUGAAGACUUCCAUGAUCAACCUGUUCCAGAAUCGCAAUUAGAAGCAAGACAUGUCAUUGAAUUGGAGGAAAAGGUAGAAACCUCUCAAGCAAACAAAGAAUCAAAUUUCUUGGAGAAAAAUGGCAUCCAACAGAAUUCACCCGAUCCUUUUGCUGAGAAAAAAGGCUCUGAAAAUAGCGAAGGCCAGGCAGCUAGUUCUUCUGACAAUGAAAGUGACAGUGAUUCUGAAAGUGAUAGUAGUGAUAGUGGAAGUGAUAGUGGGAACCGUAGUAGGAGUAGAAGUCGAAGCCCCGUGGGUAGUGGGAGUGGGAGUAGCAGUGAUAGUGAAAGUGAUGCACCUUCUAAUAGCAAGGAGGGUUCUGAUGAGGAUGUGGAUAUCAUGACUAGUGAUGAUGACAAAGAACCCAAGAAUAAAUUGCAAGCUUCCGUACAGGGUUUCUCUGCGUCUCCUGCUGCUUGGAAAAGUCCAGAUGGUGGGGCUGUGUUGAACAUAGACGAUGAGAAGGAAGAUGGUCACGAAUCUGAUGCAAUUGACAUCGAGAAAGAUUCUUCUGAUGAUGAGCCAGAAGCUAAAAUUGAUGAUCGUAGUUUACCUCCUACAGGAGAAGGUGGAAGACCUGUGGAAGAAUCAAGAUCCUUGUCACCAUACCCUGAUGAAUUCCAAGAGCGCCAAAACUUUAUUGGGAGUUUGUUUGAGGACAGGGAAAAUACUGUUGUGGAAAGUUCCAGGCAUGAACAAUCUGACAGCACAGAUAGGAUAUCUAAAGGCAAGUCUAAAAGGAGCUCUGAGUUGGAGUGCUUUGAAGAGAACGCUGUUCAUACUAAGAGAUUAAAAUUAGAAAGCUCAUCUCAACAACCUGUUUCUGGUAAUUGGGGAGCCCAAUUACAGAGUUCUCGCAAUUUAUCUCCUAGUAAACUCAACAGAGAUUCUGCAAGGAACCCUACCAGUCAAGUUACUAAUAAAGGUGAGUUGAAGGGCAAUUCUGAUUUUAGACCAAAAAUGGGAAACAAAGAAAUAGUUUCAGAAAAAAAUUGUUCAGAUGUUUCACAAGCAAGUUGGAGGCCCCAUGAUCAAAGUGGAGUGAGGGCUGUAGAUACAGCAGUUAGACCCGACAAGCAUGGUGAGAGCAUUGGACGUGGCGGUAAACACAGUGAAAAGGGUGGUCAUGCUAAUGAAAGUUUUCAUGCGUAUAAAGAUAGAUUUUAUGGAAAUGUUGAAAAUGAAGGGAUGAAUGAGAAAAAAGUUUCAAGAAAUUCUAGAUCUGGUGGUCCAGGAGACAAACAGAUACAACCCUGUGACUCCCAUCUUAGUAAACCAGGUGACAUAGUUGGAAAAUUCAAAGAUGGCAAAACGUUUUCAAGUUCGCAGAUGGGGUACUCACCAAGGGAUAAUAAUAAUAGAAUUAGUGCCGACAGGUCCCCAGUUAAUGGAAAAGGCCGUAUUCUCCAAAGAGAGCAUUCAGACCUUGAAUUAGGUGAACUUCGUGAGCCCUUUCCUGAGGAAGUAUUGGGUAAAAAGAAAUUUGAAAGAAAUAAUUCAUCGAAACAGUUGGAGAACAAAGGGCACACUUCAGAUAUCUGGAGUUCAGAGUUAAAUAAAGGAAAAUCUAAUUUGAAGGCUAGUUUAGAUAAUGGAAAGCGGUCCUCACCCCAUAUAAGUACCAAGUUUCCAAGCAAUCCAGAAGUCUCAAAUCAAAAGAAGAUUUCAGAACAUAAAGUUGAAGAUUUGACGAGGGUAAACCACCGGCCUCCGCAGUCUCAUCCACAAGGACCACAAUAUAGUUCAAGAGUAGAUCACGUUGAAGUUGAAAAGCCGGUUGAUGCAAAUGUAAAACCUAAUCAAGGGAUUGGUCCAGAAAGCUGUGGGGAAAGCAACAGGAAAGCAUCUGUUGGCAUUUCCCAGCUGCAUGAUAUGAAACGAGAACAGCUUCCCUCAAAAAAAGGAAGUAAAAGACAAGCACCUAAUCAAAUAACUGAAGUUACUGAUGCACUAAAGAACCCGAUAUCAGCUGAGCAUGAAAAUAGUGAUCUAAAGAGAAGAGAUUCUUCUUCAGAUGAAAACAGUUGUUCAUAUUCCAAGUAUGAAAAGGACGAGCCAGAGUUGAAGGGAGCAAUCAAAGAUUUCUCUCAGUACAAGGAAUAUGUACAGGAGUAUCGUGAUAAAUAUGAAUGUUACCUGUCCUUGAACAAAAUCCUAGAAAGCUACAGGGCUGAGUUCUGCAAACUCGGGAAGGAGCUUGAUUCUUCUAGGGGACAAAAUUCAGACAAAUACUUUAACCUUUUAGAACAGCUGAAAGAAUCUUAUCGGCUGUGUUCAACGUUGACUCAAAUAAAGAGUAAUUUGCAGAGGCAUAAGAGGUUGAAAAAGAUAUUCGUUGUUCUCCACGAAGAGCUGAAGCAUCUAAAGGAAAGGAUUAAAGAUUUUGCACAAACUUAUGCGAAGGAUUGAGAUUGGAUGUGUUUCUAUUCGAGCAAUCGGACGCUCUUUAGACGAUCAUGUCUGACUUGGGGUAGAGGUCGUUAAGAGGUAGAGGUGGAUGCAAGAACUGCAUCAAUGAAUUUCUGUGCAUAGUAAAAUGAGUCAAAUCUUUUUUUUUUUUGCUUGCUACCUUCUCCCCAACCUCAAUAUAGAAACAUGUACAUUUUUUCUUUUUGCUCUCUCCCCUCUCUCUCUUGGAAUGCAUUUUCCUUUAUUUAGCAACGUAGAGAGGUUGGACUUUUGUUUUAGUUUAGCCUGACCUCUUCCUGUAUAGACUUGUGAGGCUUCUUUUGAGUAUGGAUAUAAUCUACUUUUGUAGGUUGUACAAAUUUUGAACGUGUAAAAAAUGUUCCCAAUAACUGUGAAUAUGCUAAUGUCAUUUGCGAUCAUA